UCCUCGGCCGAGCAACCGUCUGCAUCGCGCGCAGCUCUCGAAGAGAUUUCGCAUUAAGCUCCCCUCAAUCCCCCCUCAAAGGAUAUAGUAUACCAUAAUCUUCAGGCGCCAGCAAGUCGCUUUCCGCAUCCCAAAAGGAUUUCCACAAACAUUCCAAGGAAGCAAUGUCAGCGAUGUCCAUGAAAGCCCUCCUGGCCGGUGUCUUUCUGCUGGCCAAUGCCUGGCACAUCACAGCUGUAAAUGAGCAUCACGAUGAGAAGCAACACUUGAAGUGCUGGCACUGCAGCUCGGACACCAUUGGAGCGGAGGACUUCUGCGAUGUGACCUUCCAGGAGGACAACAUACCCACUGACCUUAUCAAGGAGCGGAACAUCAAUCUGCUGAGAAGCUGCAACAGCACCAUCAAUUCCGAGCAUGAGCGAGCAGUUUGCCGCAAGACUGUGGAGGAGAAUAAUGGAAAGGUGAUCACCAAGCGAUUCUGCUACUACACCAACAAAUCGGAUCCCGUGGAGCUGUGCAAUGUCACCAGUCCGGAGAAGAAUGUGCGGCGGAUAUUCUGCCAGGACUGCCUCACCGAUCAGUGCAACGGAGCCUUUACAGGAGCCUCCUUACAAGAGAUCAUGCUGCUCCUGCCCAUCGUGGCCCUAAUCCAACAGUUGGCCAUCUAAGCAAAAACUCUUCGUAUUAAAUUUUAGUUGGAACGUGAUAUUUUGCCUGGCCUCAAGGGUCGAGCUGUUGCUGAUUAACGUUUACGUUUAGCUCGAUUUAGUUUAGUUUCUUGGGGAAGACUCUCUCCCCCACACUCAUUAGCUUACAUUCAGAUUGAAGUUUAGGGUUCGUUUAUAAGUUUAUGAUUUCGCCUGGCCGAGUGCCCAUGUUUGCCAAGCUCAAAGCCCAUAAAUUCCAAAAGAGAUUCAAAUCAAUUUAUUAAUAAUUAAUAUCAAUAAACAAAUAACAAAACAAAUCGAAUUAAAAGUAAAAACAAAUGAAACAAUACUCAAUAGAGUUUAAAGCCCCAAAGCACAGUAAAUACUCACUAAAUAGUCUAUGUACAACAUGAUAUUUUAAUGUAAAGAACACAAGCCUUCACCUAUGUAAUUAUCUCAGAUGUUAGACAAGCAAAAACAUUAUUCAAAUCAAGGUAUUACAACACUCAAAGCACACAAAAUAAAGUUCACAAAAAGUCUUGAA